AUGGCGGAGAAGGAAAGUUCCACGAGCUCCGCUUACCCCUUCCAAGAGAUCGAGCGCAAGUGGCAGGGGUUCUGGAAGGAGCAAGACACCUUCAGGACGCCAGAGAAGGUCGACAUGUCGAAGCCCAAGUACUACGUUCUCGACAUGUUCCCCUACCCUUCUGGCGCGGGUCUCCACGUUGGGCAUCCGGAGGGGUACACGGCGACCGACAUCCUCUCUCGCUACAAGAAGAUGAACGAUUACAACGUCAUGCACCCUAUGGGAUGGGAUGCGUUUGGGUUGCCUGCGGAGCAGUACGCCAUUCAGACAGGGACACAUCCCAGCGUCACUACCAAGAAGAACAUCGACAGGUUCAGGGAGCAGCUGCAGAGCCUUGGGUUCAGCUACGACUGGAAGCGAGAGGUCUCUACCACGGACGAGCAGUACUACAAGUGGACCCAGUGGAUCUUCCUCAAGCUGUAUGAGAAGGGACUUGCGUAUCAGGCAGAAGUCCCCGUGAACUGGUGCCCUGCUCUCGGGACCGUGCUGGCGAACGAGGAAGUGAUCGAUGGAAAGAGCGAGAGAGGGGGACACCCUGUGUUCAAGAAGAACCUCAAGCAGUGGAUGUUGAAGAUCACUGCCUAUGCCGACAGGCUCCUCGAAGACCUCGAAGAGCUUGAUUGGCCAGAGUCAGUCAAGGAGAUGCAGAGGAACUGGAUCGGGAAGAGCCAAGGAGCCGAGGUCUCCUUCAAGGUCAAGUCGGCUCAGAAGAGCAACGGGGCAGAGGAGGUUGUCGUCUUCACGACUAGGCCGGACACUCUGUUCGGAGCAACGUACCUCGUGCUGGCUCCGGAGCACCCGCUCCUGGACAAGGUCACUUCCCCAGAGCAACGAGACGCCGUAAAGGAGUACGUGCUGAAGGCCUCGCAGAAGAGCGACCUGGAGAGGACAGAGCUGCAGAAAGACAAGACUGGACUUUUCACCGGGGGGUACGCAAUCAACCCGCUGACCAAGGAGGAGGUCCCGAUCUGGGUCGCAGACUACGUCCUGGGCUCUUACGGAACAGGAGCGAUCAUGGCGGUUCCAGCGCACGAUGAACGCGAUCACGAGUUCGCUACCAAGUUCGGCCUUCCCAUCAAGGAGGUGGUCCAGGGUGGUGAGGACGUGCAGGCCAAAGCGUACACGGAUGACGGCGUGCUGAUCAACUCAGCUAGCGCUGAGCUGGACAUCAACGGCCUCAAGGUGGAUGAGGCAAAGGCGAAGACGAUCGCCUACCUGGAGCAGAAGUCUCUAGGCCAGGGGAAGGUGAACUACAAGCUGCGAGACUGGCUCUUCUCUCGUCAGAGGUACUGGGGGGAGCCCUUUCCCAUCGUCUUUACCGAGGACGGCGCCCCCCAUCCCCUCCCCGAGUCGGAGCUCCCGGUCACUCUCCCUGACGUCGAGUCCUACCAACCCAGCGGUACCACGGAGGGACCUCUGUCCACCAUCGACAGCUGGGUGAACUACCAGUUGCCGGACGGGAGGAAGGUGCGGAGGGAGACCAAUACGAUGCCGCAGUGGGCCGGCUCCUGCUGGUACUACCUCCGCUUCCUCGAUCCUGAGAACCCUGGUGCUCCCAUCGACCCGGCCUUGGAGAAGUACUGGAUGCCUGUUGACCUGUACCUCGGAGGGGCCGAGCAUGCCGUGCUUCAUCUGCUGUACGCCAGGUUCUGGCACAAGGUCCUCUACGACUGCGGGGUCGUACACACUAAGGAGCCCUUCCAGCGACUGGUGAACCAGGGGCUGAUCCUCGGCCCCAUCGAGCACACGGUGUUCUACGAGGCAGGGACGGACAAGGCUGUCUCUGCUAAGGAAGUGAACGAGGAUGGGGAGCAGGGGCCUGAGCACAAGAAGACACGAGCGAAGAUGGAGGCUCGCAGUGUCGACGAGAGCCAGCUGAUCAAGAAGGGAGAAUCUUUUGUCCUCAAGGACCAGCCCGAGAUCCGCGUCCUCAGCCGGGCUGUCAAGAUGUCCAAGAGCAGGGGCAACGUGGUCAACCCUGAUGACGUCAUCUCCAACGUCGGAGCAGACUCCCUCCGUCUCUACCUCAUGUUCAUGGGCCCGCUGGAGCAGGUGAAGCCCUGGAACACCAACGGGGUGGAGGGCGUGUACCGCUUCCUCAACCGUGCCUGGAGGCUCAUCACGGAGGACAACAUUCCGCUGACUGACGAGGAGCCUGGGAAGGAGCAUCUCAAGGUGCUCCACACCACCAUCAAGCGCGUCACUCAGGACACAGAGAAGCUUAGCUUCAACACGGCGAUCGCUGCCAUGAUGGAGUUUGUCAACGCGGCUUACAAGUGGAAGUCGAUCCCCAGGAGCAUCGCGAUCCCCUUCGUCCAACUGCUCAAUCCCUACGCUCCUCACAUCGCUGAAGAGCUUUGGGAGAGGUUGGGCCAGAAACCCUCAGUGUCUAACAGCCCUUGGCCUGAGUUCAAUGAGAAGUAUUUGGUCGAGGAUGCUUUAAAUAUCGCCGUGCAGAUCAACGGGAAGCUGAAGGGAACCGUCGAGGUCCCAGCUGAUGCCGACCAAGCUGCUGCCAUCGCCCUUAUUGAGCAGAACGAGAAUGUCCAGAAGUGGAUUGAGGGUAAGGAAAUCAAGAAGAAGAUUUUCGUCCCUGGCAAGAUUUGCAACUUUGUGAUUCCAAACUGA